AUUAACUGGAUCACGGUUCAAUGCACCUAAGUGAUGACAAAAACAAACGUGAGUGCAAUAUAAAGCAUAUAAUAAUGUAAGCUCCAGCAGAAAAAUGGAAGCAAAAACAUCGGAGAAGUGGCAUAUCAGUAAGUUUGGUUGAUUCAACAAAGAUCUAAUGACGAUCCGGUAUGAUGUAAAUGCGAUUGAACACUUUUUAAAAUCCAGUUUGGACUUGUUUUUAAUGAAAAUUAUCAGUUAUUUGUGCAGCGCUGUGUUGUAAUUUGACCAUUCGUUCCUUAGUAAGUUGGUUGUUUUUCAUCGUGGUGGAUAGGCCUUAAUACAGCACACAAGGCGGUAAAACAUUUUUGAUCACCGGCGCUUGACGCUUCAAAGCCUGGGGCAAUAACAUCUGUCACUUCUGAAAAGUGAAAGCCAACUUCUUCUUUUCACUUCUGAGAAGUGAAAACCAAUUCAAACUGCGGCAAUUUCGGAUCACUUUACCCAAGUUUGGGAGUAUUUUUGUACAUGAAGGCUUUUCAUUAGCUUUAUAUGAACGGUUGACUCAACAGUAAGUCUCCCAUUUUUAUUCCAGAACAAGACAGUGGAGUGAAAGUUCAUGUGCAUGACCCCCCCGAGAGACAAUUAGAAAUUCAGGUAAGCGAAUUGUGCGUGUAGUCAUACGCACCGUGCACAUUAGCAUAAUUUGACAUGGGCCGACUCGGACAUCGUACAUGAACGUUCAAGGUUCGCUCUCUGCGUUUUUGAUUCAGCGUGUACAGCACAUAAUGUGUCGUGGGCGGUGCCACUGUGUCACGAGACGUGUGCCGCUUUCAUCUGCCCUGAAUUCCACGUAGAUGCACUAUAGGUGUCGUUAUCCAUUAUUUUGUCCGAAGGCGCCUUGUUUGUAAGGAGAAUACGGGGCGCCGCGCCGUUGCACUGAGGGUGCCCUCAGUGUACAUGUACCGUGUACGUCACCGAUCAGCUGUGGCCGUACGUGACCGAGCUUUGGUUUUGUUGUCAUUUCAACAUGCCACACGAGCCGGGUAGAAUUCAGGCCAAUACAGUACAGUGAUACUGCCUCCUUGGGUUUUAAAUAUACACGGCGGGUAAGAUAAACAUCAGGACAGGGCAGGCCUGUAAGGAAUAACUAAACUGAUUCGAUUGUGUCCUUCUCAGAAUAUCUGCGGAGAGCAACCCUUAUGAAUAUCAUCUUUCUCUGAGUGAUACAUACAGAAGUGUGUGGUGGAGUGCCGACAGUGGAGUGCCGAUAAUAGACAUACGCACGGCUGCUCCCCCGGCCCAUGUCAAACGGCUGGCAGGUCAUCUGCUGAUGCAAUGGCGGAUCAUCCCAAAGACACUGUGAAUGGCACGGUGGGGAGCGUUCAAGAUGUUAUGGACUCGGAGCAAUAUGUUCACCGUCCUGAGAGCAAACAUCCUCAGGAAGACCAAGAGAAGAAUGGCGAAGAUAUUACCAAAUCUGCCGUUGUCAACGAGGGUGAAAACAGAGCAGACCGUCCACCGCUCGCGAUCGUUACGGACUCUGAACGGACGCUCGAUGGUGGCAGCCUUGGCGGUAAGGUUCCUCUUCCAUCUUCCCCAAAGUCUCUGGUGUCGAUUGAACCUAGGGUCUACAAGCGGCGGUGGUUCAUGCUGGCCGUUUUUUGCCUGGUGUCCCUGACCAACGCUGCCCAGUGGAUCCAAUACGCCAUCAUCGGCAAUGUCGUCAGGGAAUACUACUCCGUCAGCUACCUCGCCGUGGACUGGCUGUCCAUGGUCUACAUGCUGGCCUACAUCCCGCUGAUCUGGCCCGUGACUUGGCUGCUGGAACACAACGAAGGGGGGCUCAAAGUCAUCGGUGUCAUGGGGGCGAGCCUCAACUGUGCUGGGGCCUGGCUCCGAUACGCCGGAGCCACCCCGGAUACCUUCUUCCUUGCCUUCUUCGGACAGACUCUCUGCUCCGUGGGCCAGGUGUUCAUCCUAGGGAUGCCUGCCCACGUGGCUGCCACUUGGUUUGGUGCUAACCAGGUGUCCACGGCUUGUGCCAUUGGAGUCUUUGGUAAUCAGCUUGGAGUCGCCUUGGGCUUCGUCUUGCCACCGAUAAUCGUCCCCAAUGACAAUAACAAACGACAGAAUAUGCUGAACAUGUUCCUAGGCACGGCUUGCAUCACCAGCGUAUUACUCGUCCUUAUCUUCGCCGUUUAUCAAGACAAGCCACCUGUUCCACCGAGCCGUGCCAAGUUGGGGGCCCAGAUCUCCCGGACGCAGCGUUCCUAUAGAGAAUCCCUCAGGAUUCUUUGUAAAAACACAGGUUUUGUGCUGCUUGUUAUAACAUACGGUAUAAAUGUCGGGUCAUUCUAUGCAAUUUCCACUCUUCUCAACCAGCUCAUAUUGAGCGAAUUUGAGGGUUUAGAGGCUAUGGCGGGUAUUAUAGGGAUGACUAUUGUACUGACUGGUCUGCUGGGAUCAGCUGUUACAGGCGUGUGGCUGGAUAGGACCAGAACAUACAGGGGAACUACGGUUGUUGUGUAUAUCUUGUCUCUUCUUGGUCUCAUCGGUUUUACAUUUACGUUAAAGUUGGGCAACAUCUGGAUCGUUUUUGCCAUAUCUGCAUUCCUUGGAUUUUUCAUGACCGGUUAUCUGCCACUGGGGUUUGAAUUUGCGGCUGAACUGACCCACCCUGAACCGGAAGGGACAUCCUCCGGCAUGCUGAAUGCAUCUGCACAGUUAUUUGGGAUCAUUUUCACGAUGAUAAUGGGAACGCUGUUAACCAACUUAGGCACGGUGGCAGCAAACCUCUUCCUAUGUGGAGCCGUGCUGGUUGGUUGCAUCCUGACCAUGUUCAUCAAAUCUGACCUCAGAAGACAACAGGCGGAAAGAGUUCACAGUGAUUUAUCAGGCAACAGCAGCACUGCUCAAACUGCAAGUAUGUAGAUGAGUCUCAUUUCACACAUAUACAUGUACAUGAAAUAUCCUAUUGAACUCGGCAUUAACUUGGCUUUGACAAAGAGAGGCGGGGGAUGUUGGAAUGUUUGCAUCACCUUUCUGCAAGUCCUAUCAGCGAUGGUUGGAAUGAGAAACACAAUAUUGUACAGAUAUUGUCAACUGUAGAGUUCACUGUAUCUAUAAACUUGAACAUGAAUUUGGCCUAUUUGCAUGUAUAGAGCUUAGUUCUACCAGCAAAAAUUUACAUUGGAAAUGAGAAAAUUUAUUGAAUGAUCAAAUAAAAACACAAAACUCUUUCUCAUUGUUUGAUCAAUAUGUACGAGAUAAAAAUUCAGCAAGUGAAGAGAGAGAUAUAAUAGGUAUAUCUCUAAAAACAAAACUUGAAAUAUGCAUGUUUAAUUAAAGGGGUCACUUGCGAGAGGUGUGGCUGCUGAAUUCUAGCAAAGAAUUCCAGUCAUUCUGGUCUUGUUUAUUCUACAAAUUUAUGCAUGUCUUCAGGCUGAUUUUUAUUUUCCAUCUGCCAGCUGAGACGAGUCAAUUUUUCUCAGUCGGCCCCACAGGCAAGGUGAAUGCAUACUUGCCUGAGCCUCCUAAGCUCAGCGCCAACAUUUAAUAAAUCUUUACUGGGCAUGAUGAGAAAGUUCUGAAAUUAUCAUGGGGGGGUGUUCCUUGGUGGCUGCAGUUGGUGUGAGCUUUAGUGGUCUGGGUCAGAGUCUGCCGUUACCAUCAUCAGUGAAAAACCAAACAUAUGGCUGGCAUUUAACACCAAUUGAAGAAAAUCAUGUUUACCCAGGCUCCAUGCUAUAUGCUUGACAUAAAUAUACCUAUUCCAUUUCACCAAUAGUGAUCGCCAUUGUGAAAUUUGCCGCAUUUACCAUUUCUCUCAUAUUCGUACGCUUUCCAAAAUAAAUACAAAAUGCAAUAUCUGACAUAUGAUGGCUUGCUACAAUAGUUUAUAAAAAACUGAUGACAGAAGGCAGCAAAACUGGGUUCUACGUGAUGAAAAGUGUUCUUAAGGACUGUUUACAGUUAAUAUUGGCCCUAGAGAAUUCUGAUGGACAAUCCUAUGAGAACAAUCCUGUGGAAUUCCAUAUUUGCCGUCACCCGUCGUACGUCGCCUGUCAUGGGUCGCCUGUCGUGCAUCGUCCAUCACGCGUCGUCUUUCUGAGAAUUCAACCAAGGGUUUUUUACCAAAAUAGAAUUUUCCACAAAAAUGUUUAGGCAAACUUAUCCGCAGUUCUAUUCGCUCUUGCCUACUGUGAAAAUGUGCUGACUUGUUUUCAUGAAAUUCUAGAAAGAAAUCAGCCAGCCGAAACAGACAUUCCAUUUUCUCCUCUCAAUUUCACCUUGAAAUCCACAAAUACUAGACAGUAAAUUGUUUUUGUCAAUUGUGCUGUGGAUAAGUAACUGUUUUUGAAUGUUAUAGGGGGCAAUUAUCACUUGGUUUAAGUUUAAGAAAAUAUAACAUGUUGGAUUUUGUGGGUGUGUAUGCCACGGUGGAUAGGCCAAUGAGCACAGGUAAUCCCGCAUGUCAGCACUAUUUAUGGGGCUAACAAAGUAACAUUACUGUUUAAAAGAUUUCUGUGUGCCUACAUGCAACUUAAGUCAUGUCUAAUUUGGCAGAUUUCAUCGUAGGUAUACGUAUACCCGCCUCAAAAUAAUGUUGAAUCAGUUUGCCUCUUAUAAAAGAUAUUAAGGAGUCGAACAUUGUAAGUAAUUUAUUAUAUACAUUUAGUUCAAAGUUACUCUUGUAUUUCCGGGAGUACGAUCUGUUGGGAUAUCGUGGAAGGACAGACAGGCAUGGGGGAUCAAUCGAACAAGUAUGUAAAAAGAUCAAGGAUCAAAGUGAAAAAUAGCACGGCACAAGCGUGACAAAAAAAAGCGACAGGCGACGGACGACACACGGUACGUGACAGACGACGAGUGACGAACGACGGCAGAUAUGGAAUGCCAUACAAUCACUCAGAUUCUCUUCAAAAUUUUGGUUUAAAAGGUAACUUGUACCACAUACCUAUUUGUUUCCUCCAUUUAAAGUUCAUUCUAAAAGCAAACCUUAGUUAUAAUGUAAAGAGAUGAUGAGGCUGGUAGCCAUUUCUGAUGGUAACUAGACCACUCCUAUUUGGAUCAGAGUUCCUGAAGCUCCCUAACAAGAAAUGCUGCUCGCCAAAUGUUCUUAAUUGGCAACCUGUUGAUGAUUGCAGCAAUGCAUACAAUACUGUUGUGCCAAGCAGUGUCAAGGAAUUUGUCCAUGAAGUUUGAACACCACUGGGUUCCAAAUUUAUACAGCUGCUAAGCAUGAAGUACUGCUAAGAAAAAUUGCUAUAAGCAUCAUGGGGGGACCAUUUACAAUAAGUAUAUGGUGUGUGACAUUUUGACUUGUAACCUGUUUUUGCUAAGCAAAUAUUUUCCCUGCUAAGCAGAUUUUUGAACUUAUUAGCUCCUACCAUUGGGCCCCAUGGGACCUCCCAUUAUUCAGCUGCUAACUCCAAGAUUUAGCUUAGCAAAGUUACACAAUGCUAACUGGCUAAGCAGAUUUUUGUGGUGCUUUGUAAAUCUGCAUGCCAAGCAGUUCCACAAAUUUCUCCCAAAGUCAACAUGUUCACGUCGCAAUAAAUGGCAUUUCCAUUGCAACUGUUCCCUUUCAAAGCACAAGUGCAAAAAGACAGAAAAAGUCAUGGCUCUGCACCAUCAGUCAUAGAAGUAUUCACAUGCUAAAUGAAUCCCACAGAUUUCUGUGCACACAUUUUUUCAAAUUGAAGAAAACUUCUUGACUGGAUUUCCCUGUUUUGCUAUGUAACUCCUUCUUCCCUCAAAACAGUUGGUGGGUGGCAGCUACGAUUAUGUUUUUGCAUAGUGCCAGAAGGCUACAGAUGAAUAAUUCUAAAAGCAACGAGUUACAAGUUUUAUGACCUUAACUAAUGACUUGCAAAUGAAACCAGCACUUAUUGAAUAGUGUUAUAGCCCUAACCGCCAAGCACAUUGUUUGGCU